AUGAGGCAUCCUAGAUCGCCUAGAAAGGCAGCAGCAGCGGCAGCAACAGCAGUAGGAACAGCAGCGCCCGCGACGGCGGCAACCACGACAGCCACAAACGAUGCUCUCCGCGCCGCCAAAGUCUUGCGCGCGCUCGACGACGUGCAGGCUGCCGCCGGGCACGAACUUAGCAUCGUGACCAUUAGCGAGCCCAUCCUCAGCGCCGCGGCCGCGACCGUACCUAAGAACGAUUAUGCCAACAGACACAGCCAUGACAAUAGCAACCCCCGCGCCUCCGACGUCAACAACAGCAACAACAACAACAACAACAACAACAACAACAACAACAACACUACCACUACGCGCACAACCCCCGCGAGCCUCGAAGCCGACCUGGCGCACUACCGCGAGCUCUUCGCCAAGCUGCGCUUCUCGUACGUCGAGCAGGUGACCAAGGAGAAGUUCAUCCGGGCCAUCGUGGGCGAUCCGCCCGAGAUUGUGACUUUGGGCGAGAAUUCCGCGCUGGAAGCGGCCAACGCCGACGCCAAGGCCGCGCUCAAGGCCCUCAAGGCUGAUGUUGGUGAUGUCGUUUCUGACCUCGAGCGCCGCGGCCGCGCCCUUGCCGCCCGCUAUGAUGUUGUGUGUCGAGAUACCGCUGCGCUGCGCGACUUGCCUGCGCGUGCCGCUGUGCUUGAGGAGGAGGUCGGCUGGCUGCGGCGCGAGGCGGCAAACAACGGCGAUGAAGACGGCGGUGACGGGGCUGGGAGACGGCUCCCGCUAGGCAAGACGGUCGCGCUGGCGGAGCAGCAGCGGGCCGCACUGCGGGACCUCGACCGGCAGCUCGCAUCCUUGGGGGGCGCCGCGCCGCGCAAGCGUAAGGAGCUCGACCGGCUGCAGGCCGAGGUGGCGGCGCUGGAGACGAAGCGGGCGCACAGCGCGGCGGCGGCCAGGGACGCCAAGCGUCGCAAGCAGAACGCGCUCGGCGGCGUCCAAGACGACCUCGAGGCUAAGGGCAGGUGGUAUAGGGCGACCGACGCGGCGCUGCGGCAGAUGUUGGACAUUAAGGGGUGA